UUAAAAAAUCUCACUAUUUGCCUUACUCCAUUUCAGGAAGCUGCAAAUCCUUUUGAAUAUUGUGAUGUGGUUACCACAACCACGCACAAGUCCCUCAGAGGGCCAAGGGCUGGCAUGAUCUUCUACAGGAAAGGCCCUAAGCCCCCCAAGAAGGGCCAGCCUGAGGGUGCUGUUUAUGAUUAUGAAGACAAUAUCAACUUUGUAGUGUUCCCAUCUCUUCAAGGUGGCCCUCACAACCACCAGAUUGCUGCACUUGUUGUUGCUCUACAGCAAACUAUGUCGCCUGGCUUCAAGGCCUAUGCAAAGCAAGUGAAGGCCAAUGCUGUUGCAAUUGGAAACUAUCUCAUGAGCAAGGGCUACAAGAUGGUGACUGAUGGAACUGAGAACCACCUUGUUCUCUGGGAUCUCCGCCCCCUUGGCUUGACUGGAAACAAGGUUGAAAAGCUAUGUGAUCUUUGCCUCAUCACAUUGAACAAGAAUGCUGUCUUCAGUGACAGCAGUGCAUUGUCUCCGGGUGGUGUCCGCAUUGGUUAG